UGGGAGAAAGACUGAAGUAGAAGGCCUCAAACCUGGAUGCACAAUUUUAAAUUGCAGGAGCGGGAUUUGGAGCUUGGAAUAAAUCAACCCUUGCCGUUGGAGAGAGUGAGGUGGAAUAUAGCAGACUUUCAGUGGAACAAUUCUCACACAGGAGAGAGGAGAAGAAGCAUUGCAGGGUGCAGAGUGGAAGAUGCAGGCAGGUAUGAUGGACAUGGAAUGCCAGAAGCAAGUAGGUGGAAAAGUGCGCAGGGACAUCUGUGCCGAGUAGCUGUGGUUCAGGGGGUCCAGAUGGCAGGCAUGAGGGGCCCGGCCUGCAGCGGAGUCUGGCUUUAGAGUCCACAGGGGCUCCCACUUCAACUGGACACAUUCCACAGGACGUGUGCCCAUGAGGUCGUCACCACUGGUCCUGCUCCUCCUGAUUGGCGUCCAAGCUGUACUGAACAUGGGAGGUGGAUUGGACCGGAGCGCCGGGGCAUCCCACCACAAAACAGGACAGCAGACAGGAGCCAAUCACCGAGCAGGACAGAUGGAGAGAGCAGCAAGGGACCCCCUCUCCGAGGACCACGCUUCACAGCAUCACCGUAGGACCAGCCAUCACAGGACCAAGAAGCCCCAGCGGGCAUCGUCACACACGCAGGACAGGAGCCCUGCCGUCAGGCGCUCCACCGUCGGCACCUCCCCGGACCCCUUCAGUCCGGUGGUGGACCCCAAGAUCUUCUCUAAGAGGCGCUACCGGCCCUCGCCCCGGGUCGUCUUCAGUGAGGUGCCCCCGUCGCACGAUGCCCUGGAAGGUGAGGGGUUCGACACUGAAGGGGUGAGAGGGGUGAGGGUGAGGCGCAGGGCAGGAAUGCACACCAUGCACAGAGGAGAGUACUCAGUAUGUGACAGCAUUAACACCUGGGUUGGCAAUCUGACGCGAGCCACGGACAUAGCUGGGAACGAGGUGACGGUGCUACCAAACGUUACAAUCAACAACGUGGUGAAGAAACAGUUCUUCUACGAGACCACCUGUCGAUCCCCCACACACAGAGGAUCCGGGGCUGCAAACGGGGGACGACCUGGGGGACGGGGUGGCAAACAGGGGUCCAAGCCUGGCAACUCGGGCUGUCUUGGCAUUGACAGUCGCCACUGGAACUCUUACUGCACCAACACACACAUAUUCGUAAGUGCCCUGACCACCUUUAAGGAACGGACAGCCUGGCGUUUCAUCCGUAUCAAUGCUGCAUGUGUGUGUGUUCUCAGCCGGAAGUCUUGGGCAGGAAGACUGGGCCACUGACUGACUCAUGGCCACUAAACUAUGAACUAAGCACACACACACACACACACACACACACACACACACACACACACACACACACACACACACACACACACACACACACACACACACACACACACACACAUUUCUACUAAACAGCCACUGCAGCUUUAUUGCCAAUACUGUAGUCCUUUCCUCCAUUUCCACACACACACCCCCACAGAUAAAAACAUUCAGUGUGCACACACACUUACACACACACCUUCAUUUGACCCCUCAGCCCCUGACCCUACCUCAGUCAGAGAAGUCCUGGUUGUUUUAAGUUAUGAGGACUGCAUGUUAUAUUUAUGGUUUAUAAGUCAAAUAUGAAAAUAUACAGUUAUGUGUAUAUAUACAAAAUGAAUUCAAACUUUUAAUGUUGAUGUUAUUGUUGUGUUGUUCAUCUGUUAUUUAUUAAACACCUCAGUACUU